CUAGAUAGAUACUUCUGGAAUUGUAUUUGUUACUAUUUCACAAAAAUGAUAAAUACCACAAAUGCAGCACCACGUAUUUGAUUACGAAAUUUAAUUUGAGACACAAAUGAUCGAUCUCUCUUCCAAAGCUGUCAACAUGAAGAGAAGAGCACAUAAGACUAGGCGCCAACUUCAGGCAGAAAAAGAGAAAACUGCCAAACAGCUUGUAGAAAAAGCAAAUGCUCUAAUAGAUCCUCUUGCCACUCUAGAAUGUUUUCACAAAUACAAAUCCAAAGACGGAGUUUUAAUUGAGGUCACAUGUCAGAGGGUUACAGAUUUGUCAAAACAGACUGUAUCUUGGAUUCUCGAUCUCAUGGAACGCAACAUGAAGCAAAUGUACGAGCAGUCCGCGUGGGGUUGGGAUCUCGUGGCUAAACAGACUGAAUUACUAGAACCAGCUGCUUGGUAUUUAGUGGCAUCUGCUGACAACAUACCAAUCGGUUUUUCGCACUUCAGAUUUGAUAUAGACUAUGGUGUAGAAGUUCUGUACUGUUAUGAAAUACAGCUUGAGCCAUCAUCCAGGCGCAGAGGAUUAGGCCGUUUUAUGAUGCAAGCAUUGGAAUCAAUGGCCUUUCAAACCCAAAUGCAAAAAGUUGUUAUGACUGUCUUCAAACACAAUCCCGCAGCAAUAUCGUUUUCUCAUUCACUUGGGUACCGGCUUGACAGUACGAACCCUUAUACCACAGAAAAGGUACAUUACAUCAUUCUUAGCAAACAAAAUUUGGGCAUCGUCAACCCUAAGGCAGACGAAACUCAUUCCAUCAAAUAACAAUGCAUGAAAACUAAGAUUGUGCCCGAUGAAAUAAGAUCGGCAGUAUUUCGUGUGGACACAAAUUAAUUAUUGGGGAUUUCAAAGAUGGUCCAACACUAGUGAAGGUCAGCGGAGCUUCACUUAUUGUCCAAUCUCCCAUGUCUCCGAGGAACUUUCUUAAAUCAACUUCUCCAUCGUCUGAUACUUUAGUCCGAUGUACGAAAGACUUAUCACCCCAGCAGAGAUCCAACGCUUGCCUAUGCAGGACCAGUCCCAUACCUUUGCCAGCCCCUUCGGGAACUGGGAAAACUCUCAAACUGGCUAUGUCUAUAUCGGCAGGAAAA